GCGCUUUGACUUGAGAAUGUGAUCCUCUCGCAAGAACCUCACACUCCCGUGAUCUCGAUAGACUGUGAGUCUCGAAGUGUCUACAUAUUGCAAUAUUGGGUUAUAUCAAUCUGCCAAGCUUGAGUUUUUCCGCACGCCCAAACAGUGUUUCUGUUUCAAUCUUUCUCGUGACGUUGCGGGGCAUCAGGAGAGGUGUGAACUAAGCAAGGAGUCUCCGCACCAGGCAUAGGCUUACGAUUCCCAGGGUCUCUGGCCACGGCCGGAGAAUUUAUUGAUUGUUUCAGUUUUUUUCUCUUCGUUUUUUUUUAAUUUUAUUUUUUUCAUCUGAAUCUUUCACUUGUUGCCAGAGCUUUAACCCUCCCGAUGCGCAAUCACACCAGCUGAAGUUUUUGCCCUCGUGCGCUUGCGAGUCGUCGACUGAACAGAAGUAGUAUGGCUGAUAGUAGGACUGUGUUUUUGGUCAAUACUUUCAUUACGCAUACGGUCCUACUACUGAACAAUUUCUCUGCGGUCUGCGAAGACAAACUUGCUGACGUGCACUUGAGGAUAUUACGACUGGAAGCCACCACCACUCUAUUAGAGUCCAGGCUGGACAGUGUAGCUCGAUCCCGGGCCGAAGCUGGAAGAUCAUCUGAAGAGCACACUCAACCAUCCGGCGAAAUCCUGGGAUCUUGAGUACAAAAGUAUUGAGACACGAUGAGGGACGCUGUGGCUAAGGGGAAGGAGAUGGGGGCACGGUACGCCGGCACGCAGGAUCUUAUGCGUGUGUUCAACCGUGCUCUCGAGCUUUUAAACAGCAACACUCCAGAGAGUGAUCAAGAGCUUUUGGAGCUUGUGAAGAAGUCUAAACGCGAAGUAGAUAAAGAAACAUCUGCUCCUGUUAAAAAACCUCGUCGAGGAGCUUCAGAGGUUGGCGAUUUUCAGGCCUUGGGGCAUCGCUCUAAUUUAGCCACACUUACUGGGGAGCGGGCAGUCUGGGUCCGGAAGCGAAGGCACGCCUACUCAGUCCACGUCCGGUACCUCUGCUAGCGUAGCGCAUGCCCAGGUCCGCCCAAUUCAAGUAAUACGGCUUCCUGGACGUGGAGGUGGAAGAGGUGAAAAGCACAAGCGGAAUAAGAGUAAUCGUUAGGGUUGCUUUAUGCAAUAGUGGGAAUUCCCUUUGUUGUGUGCUUUCUCGUGGAUAUAUUGUAAUCUGUCUUGAUUCCUCACUGGAGGCCUUAGACUUGUAGAUACUUCACAAUUAUGAUAGUUUAUUUCAUUGCAUUACUCGGCGACCCAACUAUUGACUUUCGCGAAUGAAAUAUCGCCUCAUGAACACUCCACUGAAAGGUUUCUAAGCAAUUACAAUGAAGGUAUCCCUACAGACAUAAAUAUUCGCUCUGAAGCCUUCGAAUGAAAACACUGUCUCUAUGGACUGGACAUGACGAGUUAUCGUUUUGAAAAUAGAUGGCACAUAUUUACCCAUUAAAACCUUUUCUUUA